AUGCGACUUAUCAAUGUAGAAACUCUCGAGCUAGAAUCCUUCACCGGCGAACAUGGAGGCUCGAUACCAACAUAUGCGAUCCUGUCGCACGUCUGGACGUCCGAGGAAGUGUCGCUGCAGCAAAUGAGCGGACUGAGCCCUCUUCCAGAAGAAUCGAAAGGCUACAGAAAAAUCGUGGACUUUUGCGUAAAGGCGAAAGCCGAGGGAUUUGAGUACGGCUGGAUCGACACCUGUUGCAUAGACAAGACGUCUAGCGCAGAGCUAUCAGAGGCAAUUAACUCGAUGUUCCAGUGGUAUCGAAAGUCUGCAGCGUGCUAUGUCUAUAUGGAUGAUGUCAGCUCCGCCGAGAACCCAAGAAUACCGGACUCCAGGUUCCGCAAAAGUCGAUGGUUCACACGCGGAUGGACUCUUCAGGAGCUCCUUGCGCCGCACGAGGUGAUCUUCCUCGCCGAUAACUGGCGUGAGAUUGGUACAAAAGCUAGUCUAAGCGCCACUAUCUCAGAUAUCACCAAGAUUGAUGUAGCCACGUUGGUAAAGCAAACCUGGUCACAUGUUAGUGUCGCUGGGAUCAUGUCCUGGGCAUCAAUGCGGCAAACCACAAGACUAGAGGAUCAAGCCUACUCUCUCAUGGGUCUAUUCGAUGUCAACAUGCCCUUAAUCUACGGAGAAGGCCCCAAAGCUUUCUACCGGCUCCAGGUCGAAAUCAUGAAGGCAACAAAUGAUGACUCUAUCUUCGCUUGGUCUACAGAACCCCUCGAAGAUUGUGGGUACUCCCCCAAUGAGGGAGCAUCAACGAGAGGCUUCCGAUUCCUCGGGUUACUAGCUCCUUCGCCGGCUUGUUUUAGAGACUCUCAUGACAUAAGGGCACCUCGAGAUAUUUCCCGGAGUCACGUGCCGCAAUACGACUUGGUCAAGCAGGAUAUCAGUCUUUCGGCAGUGCUAGUUCGGCUUUGCUCUCUACCCGCUGACCCCAAGCAACUUGGAAACAUCGAUCGGGUGGAUGUCGUGGGCACACUACGGUUCUACAACAAUAACGUGAGGGCAGUGGAUCACGGUCUCGUGAUCACGCCAGCGAGACGAGACGCAAAGGGGAUUAAGACAAUGUGCUUGGUUGCGGUUCUGCGCUGUUGGAACAAAGAUGGCUAUAUCGGUAUUCCUAUCAAACGUUUGGCAUCUGGCGCUUAUCAGAGGGUCGAAAAUGGGACCCGAUGUCGUUGGUUCAAAGUCCGCUUGAUGCCUUUACGACUGACACUGAAGAGCGAAGAAGAAAAGGCCCCAGAUGAAUCGGACUACACUCUCAGACAAUUUGAUUCUGAGAGUAGAGAGAAGGGACCACCCGCUGAUCCUCCGGAAACCAUUCUCGUAAGGGCCUAUGUACCAUUAGACUUACCAUCGACCGGCACAUACGCUUCUGCUCAAGCCAGCAACCACCGUGCACCACUUCAGUUCCGCUCACUGCCUAUCAACAAUGGCUAUUAUAAGCUACACGUUGACACUGAAGAUAACUCUAUACCACCUGUGUCCGACUUGAAGCCUCAUCCUCGUGUUCUCGAGAGUAUCAAUGGACGUAUCAAUACCCUACCAGAAACCAGCACCAUGUUUUGCCCAAUUGCAGCACAUAGCGGUCUUCCAACUUUCAUGAUACACACAAGAAUGAUAGAAAGGCCUUAUGGCAUCCAAGUUGGGUGCGUGAUUGGAAGUGACCAGGCCCGAGGUAAGACAACGGAUACGGAAGUCGUCGACAUUAACAUGAAGAGUAUCUCCACCACGAUAUCUCUCACAGCGAACCUGUCCCUCGUGUUCAGAGUGAGACGCAGUGUCCCCCAGGACACGACUUGUUACUUGAAUGUGAGCGUUGAGGAGCAAUUGCCGUGGGCGGAAGAUGUAGAACAUUGGCCUGCUACGCUUGGGGACAAGAGCCUGUCAAGCUCAGAGAUGUCACUCAAUCGUACCUUCACAGACAAUUCAAUAUGA